ACUCCCUUUCUCAGUAUUUCUGAUAUUUUCCUCCUUUUUCUUUUCUUUGCAUUCAUUGUGUUUAUUUUUUUCCCCGGCGAAUGGAAGACUUGAGUCCCUUGUGGAACUAUCAAGAGGAUUUUGAUGAACUGAAACUCAAGCUUCAAUACACUAGUAUUGAGCUAGAGUCGGUGAAAAUGGAAGCGAAUGAACAAAUAAGGAAAUACAGGGAUGAAGUGAACCAUUUGGUAAAUCUUGUAAAACUUGCUUGCCAAGAAAGAGAUGAAGCAAGAGAUCAGGUCGAAAAGCUAGUUAACAAGUUAAUGGCUUCUUCUUCUUCGUUUUCUUCUUCUACAAUCCUCCCUCAAUCCCAGCCUGAAAAUCUGCUUAUGAUUGCAGCAGCAAAAGCAAACUCCAGCAUAACUGAAUCAAGCAGUUUGUCAGAGACGUAUAAUCAUCACCCCUCACAUGGGUCUUCCCCAGUAGAUUCCUUGUUUGAUGCAGUUACUUCACCAGAUUUUUCAAGCAUUAAUAAUAACAUGGCCGACAACAGUUUGAUUGAUAACCUUGCAAAGGGGAAAACUUUGCCUGAAAAAGGGAAGCUUUUGCAAGCUGUAAUGGAAGCAAGCCCUCUUCUUCAAACACUUCUCGUUGCUGGGCCCCUUCCUCGAUGGCGAAAUCCCCCACCGCCUUUGCGAACUUACAAAAUCCCACUUAUUUCCAUCAAAACUUGUCAUUCUAAACUUGAUAACCAGAAACCAGGUGCCUGUCCCAAUCCCAGUUCUACUGUUUUUGUAAAACAAUUGAACAACUCAUCGCCAAUGUGCCCUCAAAUGAUUCGUGGGUCUGGUCAGUCAUGUUCAGUCGCUAUGUUGGAUUUUGCAGCUUCUGGUUCUGCCCCUGGGCUGAGCAAUGGUGCUAACUCUCAAAUCUCAUUCCUAGCAGGAAAGCGCCAAAGGCUUCAAUGAGUUGAAAGUAGGUUUCCUUCAGUUUUGUAAACGUUAAAAUCAAUGUGAGGGUGAUGGUGUACAUUGGAUACGCUUUUUAGAGGAUUAAUUUGGAUGAUUUUAGAGUAGUACAACUUUUUAAACACUUUUUACUUCUGGUUUAUUACUUUAUUUGAACCAAAAGGUUAUAUAUGUAUAUUUAUUAUUCCUCAUCCUCUUGGAUGAAAUUUAACCUUAAAAAAUCCUUGCAGUUAAAGCUGAAUAUGCAAAAA